CUGUUGUGAGACAAUAACGUGGUAUUAACUUGUUUGGCUCUAAAUAGUUCAUCUUCACGUAUACCUUAAUAGUGUGUAAUACAUUUUGUCAAAAAAUGGUGAUACGCACAGCUGCGAUAGCGUUGUGCCUAAUUCUAGUGCAGAUUUCUGGAGAAGAGCUCGCUCCAGAAAGCAUCGAACCAGAGGAUCAUCUCAGCCAAGAUGUAGCCAAUAAAAAUCGAACAAGUCGUCAGAUUGGAGCAUGUCCCUAUCAGAUUGGUUCAUAUUCACCAUGUGCCCAAGCGCCACAGAUAGUUUGUCCACCCGGGAGCGUAUUGGAGAACAACCGUUGUAUAGUUCGGCAAACGUACUGCCCAGCGGGUUAUAGUUUGACCGGAAAUACAUGUGUGGGGCAAACUGUUUGCCCGCCGGGAUACGUUUUGACCAAUGGAAUGUGUCAUCGUGCAGUCACCGAACUUAAUGUCUGCAAUAAAACAAGCAGCCCGGUAACGUGCGAAUCGGGAUACACCUUCAACGGCAAUCGGUGCAUUCGACGAGAUGUUCAAAAUGCUGAGCGGAAAGUCAAAACUGUACUUAGUACGGCUUCCUUGAUUUGUCCCUCAAACCAUGAGAUAAGCCAGGAUAAGUGUAUUCGUUACGAUCGGGAACCGGCUCGAUGUAAUCAGGGAAAUUUGCGAUUAGAUGAGUGUGUUGUUGAUGCAGAAUGUCCUGACCAGUUCACGAUGGAUCAGUACGGACGUUGCGAGCGUAUUAGUGAGAGGCCGUUAACCUGCCCGGCUGGAACGACAUUCGGUGAUGGAGUUUGUCUUUUCCCACAACCCAGGUGUCCACCAAACUAUCAGCAGUAUAAUGGGCAAUGUGUCCUCGAGCAUACAACACCGGUUCAGUGUGAUUCAUCCUCUAUUCUGGUGAAUAACUAUUGUGUGGUGACGGAGCCAACAUGUCCAUCCGGCUUCAACGUCAGUGCUGGACAGUGCGUUCAAACGAUUCGAAAUCAACCAAGAUGUCCCAUUGGAAGCACGCAAAAGAACAACAUGUGUGUGGUUCGUGAAAUCACAUGCUCAAUCGGGUACGAAAUGCGCAAUGGAAUUUGCGUCAAAAUAGAAAGGCAGCCAGUCACUUGCCCUCCGGGAACUCGUUUGGAUGGAAGUCUGUGCGUUAUAGAUCGCCCACUCUGUGAUUCCGGUUAUGAAUACGAUCAACGUACCGGAGAGUGCGUCAAAUACGAGAGAAAAGCUGCGAUAUGUGAGUAUGGCUUUGUCUUGCGUAAUGGAGAAUGUGUUCGACAACCGGAGAAUUGUGGAACAGGUUUCUCUAUGAAGAAUGGCGAAUGCAUACUGGAGGAACGUAGUGAGGAACGUUGUCCCAUUGGAAGUAGACUGGUUAAUAGAUUAUGCGUUCAAUCUGAGCCUAAAUGCGAUUUUGGUGACACACUUUCUGGUGGAAUGUGUUUGAAAAAUGAACGAAGAGCACCGGUGUGUCCUUCAAAUUCUAAUUUCAAAGACGGAUACUGUAGGCUUCAGAACGUCCGUUGUCAGCCCGGAUUCACUCUCAAAGAUUCACAAUGUGUAAAAGAAGUUGAAGCUCAACCUGAAUGUCCCAACGGUUUUACAUUGAGACGAGGACUUUGCCUUGCUCAACCAGUAUGCGAAUCGGGUUACGUUAUGGAGGAAGGAUUUUGUCGACAGAGAGUGUCUAGUCUUAUCAGUUGUCCAAAGAAUUCAUCAUAUGAAGAAGGGUUCUGUAUUAGCAAAGAAUUUGAUUGUAUCGCGGGUUUCGAGCUACGUAACAAUAUGUGUGUACGCUUGUAUGACACGCAUCCCACGUGCCCUGCUGAUGCAGAGUACUACAAUGGACAGUGUUUAAAAAAGACAACUCCCACCUGUCCACUGGGAGCUACCUUUGCAAAUGGUGAAUGUCUCGUCUAUGAGACGAUCUCUCCUACUUGUCCAGCUGGAGGGGUCUAUCAAAACGGUAUGUGCAUAACGGUGAGUCUUGCCUCGAUGCCAGCGUUACCUCCAAUGCCAAUGCCAUCACCUUGCACAUCUUCUUGCGGUAUUGGACAGCCCUGUCCAUAUAAUUGGAAUUGUAAUCAGCAAUCUUGUGGAUCGUGCAAUCUGCAAUCCAACUGUGGAUCGUGCAAUCUGCAAUCCACUUGUGGCUCUGCAUGUGGUCAGAUAAGUGUACCUCAGGUGAGUUUACCUGUAACUCAAGCUCAAACCUCAAGCCAACCAGCGAUGUGCCCCGGUGGCUACGAAAUGACCAAUGGUAUGUGUACUAGGAGCUACACCACCACAAUGCAGUGCCCCGCAGGUUACCUUAUGCAGAACAACGAAUGUGUCUACACGUAUUCGAUGAGCUGCCCACAGGGUUCGACGAUGGAAAAUGGACGCUGCAUUCGACAGGAAACGAUGCCGGUAAAUUGCCGUUCAGGAUUUUUUUUGCAAAACAAUCGAUGCAUCUUCAAAAACCCUGAAUGUGACUCUGGAUAUCGACUUAUGAAUGGAAAGUGUGUCAAAAUUGUAGAACUAGCGUCUACAUGCCCUAUGGGAAGCUACAAGUUACGGAAAUUCUGUGUAACUCAGGCAAAAUGUCAUGGAGGGUUGGAACUCCGAGAUAAUAAAUGCUAUCGAGCGGAGUACGACGUUACCCGUUGCCCUGCUGGUUACAUUGUUCGCGACGACUAUUGCGUGACGACGUUCAAAUGCGAUGAAGGUUUCCGCUAUUCGAAUUCAUUCUGUAUUAAAAUGGAACAAAAGUCAGCGAAAUGUCCACCGGAAACGAGACAAAUUGAUAACUAUUGCGUUCUUCCUGGUCCAACUUGCGAUCGAGGUUUUGAACAUAUCGACGGCGUCUGUAUCAGAAUUCAACGGAAACCGAUUAUAUGCCCUUUGAACAGUCGUUUGCAGCAUGAUACCUGCGUGAUGCCUUCCAAAUGCGACCUCGGAUUCCAAAUGAUAUCCGGAAUGUGUACCCGUCUAGAUAGGGUUCCCACUCAAUGCCCAAGUGAUGGAUUUUACAUCGAGUACAAUCGCUGCAUCUCUAACCGUUUGACAUGUCCACCGGGCUUCAGGAUUGAAAACAUGCAAUGUGUGAGAGAAGUGACAGAGAUCGUGUCGUGUCCUGCUGGAUCUUCACUGCGAGACAAUAUGUGCGUUGUUGGACAAGUCACGUGUGAGCCUGGAUUCAAAACCGAAAAUAAUUGGUGCGUUCAACAUACCUACCGGAUGCCCUUCUGCCCAGAGGGUACUGUUAUGACCGAGAAUCGAUGUGUGAGAAAUCCGGGAUGCCCCACGGAGUAUCGUUUUUCGAAUGGCAGAUGCGUGAAACAACAAUUUGCACCAAUCUCUUGUGUGUCAGGAACUCUGCUCAAUGGCAACUGUGUUGCUCCAGGGCCAAACUGCCCUGCUGGGUUCGAAGUCUCCGAGAAUAGAUGCGUUCAGAAAGCUUAUAACAAUCCCACCUGCCGUAACAACGCGAAAAGGCAGAAUAACUAUUGCGUCGUUGACGUUCCUAGCUGUCCGAUUGAUUUCAAAUAUUCCAAUGCAAUGUGUUUGAGAGUAGUCUCGACAAAUGCUCGUUGUCCUGAAAAUUUCAAAUUUCAAAAUGGAAGAUGUAUUAUGGAACGACAGACUACAGAAUACGUUUGUCCUCCUGGUUUCACAUUACAGAUAACAUCUUGCGUUAAAAUUCUUCAAACGUCACCAUCUUGUCAGGCAGGGUUCUCUCUUGAAAACGGAGCUUGUGUUAAAACUGUUUGUACAGCUCCACCUGCAAUCAACGUUCAACCACCAGUUCGGCCAUUCGAAUUUUCGUCUUCUAACUCUCUAUCGACCUUCGAAACUGGUUCUGCAUCUAUUUCCAACUCUCAAACAAUCUUGAAAACCGAAUCCCACAAAACUGGAGACAUUUUCGAUACAUUUUUCGAAGGUAACGGGGCUUCCCACAUUAAUGUAGAAGUCGUGCCUCAAACCUGGUCCGGUUCCGUCAACUACGAAGGCGAAUCAUCCCAAUCUCAGUACAACAGUGGCUUUUACGAUAAUAACGUUGCUGCUCAUGUUAAUGUAGUAACGCCGCACACCGGAUGGUCCAGCUCCAUGGAAUACUCCAGCGCAUCAUCCCAAUCGCAUUCAGUAUUGCCGCACACCGAAUGGUCCAGCUCCAUGGAACACUCUAGCGCAUCAUCCCAAUCGCAUUCAGUAGUUCAGAAUGAAUCUCAUUUCAGUGAAGUUAAAAAAGAAGUGAUCGAGGAGCACCAUGGUCAGAUAUUCACCUGUACCGUCUAUUCACCGAAGAUUUGCACAUCAGCGGCCUACGGGGAGUGGGAUUGUCAACAGAAGGAAUUCAACAACGUUCGCUCUCGGUACUGCCCGGAGGAGGACGGAUACAUCAAUCUUAAGCUUAGAAAAACCGAUUACGACGCAGCCGAAAACAUCCUAGUGAUGGCAGUCCAAACGGAAUCAUCAGACUACGCGAAUGAGAACGAAGAUGACGAUGAUGAUACUGACUGCACAGAAUGCACUAACGGUGAUUAUUCCUGCUCGAAGACUUGCUACACCUACGAUUGUGGCAGCGAUUGCAACCUCAUCGAUGUAGACGACUUCUGUUCAGAAGUUCCGAAACCGGAUCAAGGUUGCUCCAGAGAGGACGGAUGUCGUGGAGCUUUUUGUACGAACUAAACCAAAGGCUGCAAAAAUUACACUUGGACGUUAAGCUUUGAAUUUGCUUUGUUAAGCUUUUAAAUAAAGUUUGUCCUGAAAAUGUGUUCACAAUAUCUUGAAUAGCGUCUCCGUUAACAAAUAUUCACUAAAGAAUUUGUCAAUCAAAUAGGUAUUUUAUUUCUUUUCCUUUUGUUAAUUCGCUGGAAGCAUUUGUUUGAAUGUUGCACUGAAAACAGGACAUCUUCUUGAGACCUCUGAAGGUGCUCUGGUAGAUAAGAGAUCGUUUUUGGAGGCAACCUAUAAGGGCUGUAUUUGAGGCGAGUAAGAAGACCCGUUCUUUUGUCUUGCUCGUCCAGUAUGUGGUAUUCUAGAUUAAGCGUGGACUCUAAUGAUUAGAACAGUGGAAACAGUUUUAGAGUGUAAGAUGAGUUACAAGUUGACGAGACGCGAAUAAAGAUGUGUGUACAAGAA